UGUUCUGACUGUCUUUUUCCCCCCGCUGCCAGGUGAUACUCGGCCGACACCAUGCAGAUUUUUGUGAAAACCCUGACUGGGAAAACGAUCACCCUUGAGGUGGAACCCAGUGACACAAUUGAGAAUGUAAAAGCAAAAAUUCAGGAUAAGGAAGGUAUCCCUCCCGACCAGCAACGUCUGAUCUUUGCAGGGAAGCAGCUGGAAGAUGGUCGCACGCUGUCCGACUACAACAUCCAGAAAGAAUCCACCCUCCACUUGGUGCUGCGCCUCCGCGGAGGAAUCAUCGAACCUUCCCUACGCCAGCUCGCCCAGAAGUACAACUGUGACAAGAUGAUCUGUCGCAAAUGCUAUGCCCGCCUGCACCCCCGGGCCGUGAACUGCCGCAAGAAGAAGUGCGGCCACACCAACAACCUGCGCCCAAAGAAGAAGGUCAAGUAAAGAGUGGGAAGGUUUACGGAACGGACGCUUCCUUUUCCCCAUCUGGUUUCAGUCCUCUGGAGGCAAAACAUUCCGUUUCCUCCUCUCGUGGCGCAUGGCCUUUCCCGCUUGAUUGAAUAAAACUAGUUCACGCACCAAA